GAUUUCCACGCCCCACAUGGUGAGAAAAGUCUGCAUUUUCCGUUGUGAAGCUUCCAUUUACGUCAAACAAACAACUCAAAAGGACCGCCCUUCCAUUGUGGCUGCCAUCAAUGAACCACCGUGGAACUUACACUCUUCAUAUUUAAGCCCCCACCACACCCUUUCUUUCUUCCCACUCUCACAAAUGCUCCUUCCCCCACCAUGUCGUACGCCACCCGCCAUGGAAUCUUCUCUCUUUCAUUCUCAGUCCUCUUUUCUCCUCCUCUCUCUGCAGCCUUCCACCGCUCAGUUCAACCGAAACGAAGAGCGUUACUCCUACGCCCGUUUCAGCCCUUCCCUGGCCAUAAUAAUCGUCGUUCUCAUUGCCGCCUUGUUCUUCGUCGGGCUGUUCGUUAUUUACAUCCGCAACUGCUCCGACGCCAGCAGAAUAAGACGCGGCGUCCGCCCCGUCAACGGCGGCCCCGGGCGUUCGAUGCGCGGACGAGGGCUCGAAGCGGCGGUGAUCGAGACGCUCCCCGUCAUGGUUUACUCCGAGGUUAAGGAUCAUAAGAUCGGAAAAGGAGCGUUGGAGUGUGCCGUUUGUUUGAACGAGUUCGAAGACGACGAAACGCUGCGUUUGAUACCCAAAUGCGACCACGUUUUCCACACUGAAUGCAUCGAUGCCUGGCUGGCUUCUCAUACUACUUGCCCCGUUGUAGAGCUAAUCUCGUUCCUGAACCCGGCGACCCGUGAGUCACUCACCGCCGUCGCCGUGUUAGACCUCGAGGCUCAGAACGACGGCGGUAACUUGGUACCGGGGGAGGAAAGGAGGACAACCAAUAACGAUGAUAAUACCGAGGCAGAGGUUGAAGAAAAUAACUCAAACGCAACUUUAAAUAGGAACCGUACACGUGGCUCGAGAUCCGGCCGUCCACGUAAACUUUCUUUCCUACGAUCUCACUCGACCGGACAUUCUUUGGUCCAACCGGGUGAGAACACCGACCGGUUCACUUUGCGAUUACCGGUCGAUGUUCGGAAGCAAUUGAUGAACCGUAAGUUAAACCGGGCGACGAGUUUGGUGUUGCCUAGGGAAAGGAGUUCGCGUAGGGGGUAUCGAACAUCCGAAGAAGGAGGGAGUAGUCGAGGGAAGCUGGACCGUGGAGCUAAGUCGGACCGGUGGGUGUUAAGUAAUAAACCGCCAUUUUUCAGUCGAGCAUCCUCCAUGAAAUCACCCAAGGUGGCCGCUCAUGACGGUGAAGUAACCUCAAGCUUGCCGGUUGGACCCGUGCCUGACUCAAGCCGUCCUCCGGUUUAAAGGUUUAACGUUUCUUAAUAGUUUAUAAAUAUUAUAUUCCACUUGAAAUCCACGACCUUUGUGUAGAUAUGUACAUUUCUAUACAAUGUUUUAUUUAUUUUUAA